CUCUGUCUUCUCCACUUCUUCCAUAUUUCAUUGUCGUCUUUGGGCUGUGAUCAUUGGAAAUCGGUUGCGCCUCCGCCGUUCUAUUCAAAUCGAUUAAGGAGUUUAGUGUUACUCAUCUAGCAUCGGCGCCACUGGUGGUGGUCGGUUUGGUAAAGGGCGAUAAUGACUAUUUGGUAAAUCGAACCGACUUUGGAAACGAUACUAUUUGGUGGAGCAUCGCUUACGAUAGUCGUCGAUAACUUGAAUAGAAGAUUUCCGACUGUGUUGUUGCUGCAAACACGAACUAAUUUGAAGCAGGUAUGCUCUGCUUUUUAUCAGUAUAGAGGUUAAGUCACCACCAUUUUUGCUGCUUUUCGGACCAUCUCUUCUCUCCUUCAACUCCGACCACUGGCCUAGAUUACAUGGACUCUCUAUUUUAAUGGACGACGUCGACGAGUUUUCAACUUGUGUCGUCAUCAGAUAGCUAAUGUACACCAUAGAAAUGCGCUAUUUUGCAGGGUGAAUUUGAAUUUGAGAAUGUGAGUUUUUAGAUCUUGAAUGGAUGAUUCUUGAUAAACAUUUUGUGGAUUGGGCUGCGUGUUUGCUUAGAAGAUGUCGGUGAUUAAAGAAGUUAGUAAUCCAUGGAUUUGUUUCAGAGUCUCAAACACAUGUACACUCUCAUAUGUUGAAUUGUUUCAAGAUUCGGGUUUUUGUGUUACUAGGCAUGUGGUCGUGGGUUUCAUUGGCGAUGGAAGAGAAAUCACACCCACAACUUAUUUGCUUACGGAACUUGUCAUGUGGCAUUGGUUCAUAGAGCCAAUCUCAGGUCUGGCAAUGAAUGGUUGACAACUAUUGGCCAGACGAGCAAUUCUACAUGUAACAUGUUAUAUAUUUAAACAUGGAGCAAAAAGAUUCUGAAGAUAAAGGACUUCCACCUGGAUGGGAUAACACAUAUCAGCUAAAAAAAGAAGUGGAACAUAUGCUUACACCACAACCGUUUCACCAAUUUCAUCAGGUGGUGGAAUUUGGCAUAUCUUAACCAAAAUAUGGCAAUGUACUUUCAUUUUAAUGUUUGUUUUUUUUUUUAUAAUUUGGAUCAUCAAAAUACCAAUGUACAUUCAAUUUUUUUACCAUGUUUGUAAAUGGGCGAAUUAGAGAAUAGCAACAUAGUUUACUAUGGAUACCAAUUAAGG